AUGGGAGUUCCAGCAAGAAAAGUACGAAGCAUCUCAUUAGAGCAUUCAGUGAAUUUCCAAUCGCAAAAUUCCGAUCGACAACAAUUCAAACGCAUCACAAUUCAGGUGCACUCAUACAAUUCCAAUGUUACAAUUGAUGCGUCAACAGUUCAUGUUAUAUCGGGUGAAUCCCGGAUUGAUCUCACCGAACACUCGAUUGACGGUCACAUCUGGUCAAUGAAUUCUGACGUUAAAUUUGAACCAUACGGAACUAUCGAGAAUUUGUCAUUAGUCGAUGACGUUCGUAUACUGCUGAACAUGCUGAACGCUAAUUUGUCAGCAAAGUCAAACGAAAUGCAGGUGAGCGUUUAUUACGGUAAAAUUUAUGUGGAAUUGGCUAGCGAUUACCGAUCAUUGCGAUUAAUUUCACCCGGGCAUACGGUAAUUUUGAAAACAGUAUUAUCUCCGUUCGAUAUUUUCGUAUCAUCGCAUGAGAUGUGGAUUCGAUGUGUUGAGGACAAUACGGCAAUACAUGCCCGAUUCGAUUCACCAACUGUUAACGUGGAAUUGCAGCAGUAUUCUCAAGCAUUUAUCGAGAGGCGCGAUGGACAGUUUACAGUUGGAGGCAGUGAAUUUGAAGGAGCUAAUCAAAUUCAAAUCACAUCAAUGCAGUUAAAAAUGAUUCUCGAAUCAGACCGCAUUAAUACUGUUCGUGCUUUCGCGAAUCAAUCUGAAAUUGUCAUACAUACGAAUUCGACGAAGAUGACUUCGACCGCAUCACAUCACGUAGCCAAUAUCGUCGAUGGCAGCACGGACGUCCGUCUUAUAACUGGUAAUAUUUCGAUUGAGAUCAGCACAAACAUUCAGCAGGUUCCAUUGCCGACAAUGAACUCACUUUUCACUCCGCCAAUCGAUAAGUUCGCAACUGUUGGACCAACACAUACAAAUAUCGUAUCUGUCACAAGCAGAUCAGCUGAAGCAUCUUCAUCUCAAACAGUCACUGAUAAUCAGUUUGUUACCGCUACGACACCCAGUUACGGUAUAUCUGAUUGCGAUAACUGCAUUUUUACGACUAAUCCACCUCAAAAUCAUAGCUCGGAAACGAAUGCGGUGUCGGAUAAUCCGUAUGCAGGAAUCACUCUCACGGUGAGUGAAUUGAACACGGAGGUAUCAUCUCCUGGAAAGACUGAUGGACCGAGUUUGAUCGAUUAUACAUCAGCUGAUACAGUUACGACUAUGAUAUCGAAUCAAAGUGCCAUAUCUAUUCCAACAAUGAUUCAAACCGAUAAUGUGAACGAUCGAGAUGGGAGUGAACAGGCAACAUCUUCAAAGAGUAUCACGGAAGCAGAAUCACUCACUACUGCAACAAAUGAGAACAUUCAGAUCGUUCACAGCACAGAGCAAUCGAAUGAUCUACAUCAAUCAACAAUAUCAACAAGUGAAAAAGUCGGUCUUACAAAUAAACAACCAAUAACCCCAUCCUGUAAUGCAACCAGCAUCGAUACAGUGACGACAGUUCAGUCAAGCAUUCUAUCAUCUGAAGAUUUUCAUAGCAAUCAGCAGUCAACUGAGGUCGCUGCUGUGCGAUAUAUUCUUAAUCACAGUUUGGAAUUUGAUUCAGCACAAGGAGCUGAUGCCAUCGGGAAGAACAAUGUAGGUACUGAACUGGCAUGGAAAAGUUAUGAUGAUUCGUCGAUUUCAAACAUCAGUUCAGCUACUUACUCAGGAAUUGAAUAUGCCGACGUCGAACAAGCAUCACAAUCAUCAAGUGACGAUCAAUUGUUUGAAUUGAAUUUGCGAGUGUCACGAUCGGUCAAAUUGGACAAUGCGCAAUUCCAUGAUGAUUUAUCAUUGGCAUUGAAGGAUAUCAUCGAAAAACUUUUACAGAAAAGAAAUAAAAGGAGUGCUGCCGAUUCCAUUCAACUACCUAUAAAGAUUCCAUCGCAAAUACGAAAGCGUCGUCGUGUUGUUGAUCUGUUCUCGCUGGAGAAACGAAAAUCACUUUCAUAG